UCUAAACCAUUCUCAACAACAACCCUCUCUGCAACUCCAAUCGCACCUUGCGCCAACAGUCCUUUUUUAUCUUCCACUGACCCCCCGCAAACUCCGUUGGCAGCAGCGCUGCGAUCGCCAGCAGCAUGGAUUAUGAAAUGGAUAUCGAGCCCACCGGGCCCCAGGUGACGGUGCGAGAGGCCGAACCAUACCGAGUAGAUUUCAAGCUCACAUCCGUCGACCUCGCCUUCGCCAACUCGCUGCGGCGCACGAUGCUCGCCGAGAUCCCCACGAUGGCCAUCGACCUGGUGGAGGUAGAAAGGAACUCCUCGGUGCUGCCUGAUGAAUUCCUCGCCCACCGUCUGGGUUUGACCCCGCUUAACUCGAAAAACUGCGACCAGGACGUCGAGUACACGCGCGACUGCGAGUGCGAGGACCACUGCGCGCGGUGCAGCGUCACGCUGCUGCUUCAUGCGCGCUGCACGGGCGACGAGAUCAUGCCUGUCUACGCGCGCGAUCUGGUCAUCAGUGGCGAGCGGGCGAACGAGUGGGUGGGCAGCCCGGUGCUCACGGAUCCCGAGGCGAAGGGCUCGUUAAUCUGUAAGCUGCGGCGCGGCCAGGAGCUCAAGAUGACUUGUAUUGCGAAGAAGGGGAUUGCCAAGGAGCAUUCGAAGUGGGCUCCGACUGCGGCUAUUGGGUUCGAGUACGAUCCUUACAAUAAUCUAAAGCAUGUGGAUUAUUGGUAUGAGGAGGAUGCUGCCAAGGAGUGGCCCAUCUCCCAAAACGCGGCGUGGGAACAACCGGCGCCCCCAGACCAGCCCUUCGACUACGACGCCCAACCCAACAACUUCUACUUCGACGUCGAAAGCAUCGGCAACCUCGACCCGGACAUGAUCAUCCAGCAGGGUAUCGUCGUCCUGCAGCGCAAGUUCGCCUCCGUCAUCUCCUCUCUCUCGGGCUCAGGCGGCGUCGACGGCGCGGACGCCAACGGCGUCCUGGGCGCCGACGAAGACGACAUGAUGGGCAUGCGCAGCCCUGACGCCUACGAGCCCCCCGAGGGCAUGGACGGCGGAUUCACCGCCUAUGCGAACGGCGGCGCCGCAAGCGCAUGGGGCGCCAGCGCCGCCACUCCCUACGGAGCUACACCUUACGGCGGCGGUGGGUUUGGAUUCUAGUGUUAAUCUUCCUGCACCUUUGUAAUUUUGGCUACACUUUUGUACCUGUAUAUGGAAACCGAGGGUUCAUCAUGGAAGGGGGAAACGAUACACAAAAGAGAGUACGGGAGGGAAACAAGAAGAAAAUGUGAAAACAGGGACUGCGAGACUUUCCAGCAUCGAUGGAGUUAUGGCGGGUGGGUUGAAUCUUAUUUGCCAUUUGCGUUUGGAUGAGUGGCGUUGGGUUUAUUUUCAUAUCACUUCAUACGACUUCUUUCUUUUCUAUUGUCAUUACUACUACCACUGCUACUAUCAGUAUCUAUGUGUGCUUCCCUUGCCUUC